AUGGUGAUUACUGCGAUUCCCGAACUUUUGAAAAGACAAGCCAACGAAGAGUCACCACGGACACCGCAAAGAAGAAGGGGAUUUGUAUGGUGCUACAAGAUCGAUUCUCGACUCUGUUCAUCGGUGUCCGAUGUCUGUUCGGCAGAAUUUGAACUCAUUGCGCACGUAUUCGGGUCCGAUCAAACCAGGGCCGAUCCUCUCGAAGGAAAUGAACCCAUGCCAUUGGUCGUGGCUAGGGCUCUCUUGCAGCGGGUCAUUAGUGAUCCUAUCAAUGGAUUGCAGGCGAGGAUUAACGACAUUUUGGCAAGCAUUGAUCAGAGAGGUGACUUUGACGCGGGGUCCAAGAAGCUUGACACGUUUGUCGUGAUUCACGAAAAAGCUUCUGGGCUCUUUUCCUUGCUCAAGGAUUCGGCUCAAAAGAUGAUCCUCAAAGAGACCGCCAAGAAGUCGGUUGACUCUGAUCUCAAGAACAAGGGAUUGGACUCUACCAGUCGUCAGUCGCAAGCCAUUGCGCGCAAUGCAGUCGAUUUGGACAAGUCUGGAUGCACGCUCCUCAUCCCACCUGCUCCAAGGCGAAGGGACUCGACCCUGGCGGAAAAGGGAAUUCUGGAGGAAUACCGGGCUCCAGUGGUACCUUUGGACAAACAGCAACUCUUGAAGUCCGGAUUGAAUGCGCUCUUGUCGGGGCCAUUGAAGCAGUCCGUUCUGCUACAGCCUUUGGUUCAUGCCACAGAGUCCUUGGCGAGGGCGCGUUUGAUGUUUUCGUCGGGCAAAAAGAAGGGAGGCGAAACUACAGCGCGAGUUGUCUGCAGUAUCUACAGUCAAAUGUGUUCCUUUUAUGGAGAAGGAUUCCUAUAUCCCAUUAUGGAAGUUCUGAGGGAUACUCGCAAAACCAAUCCCCCGGCUCAGCCACCCCAAUUGCCAUUCAACCAAGACAUGCCUGCUCAUGACCUGGGAGUAGAGCAGCACUUUUGGGUGUGUUUGGAACGCCUACAUUCUGCGGCCAAAGCCUUUGAUCGAGAAAUGUGGGCGGAAGGACGAGCCGACACGGGACGUGUUUGGGAGAUUUUGGAGCGUUGUGAUGAUCAGGACUCCAUGUCCAAGGCCCGAGCUUGUCGGUUUGAAUUCUACUCCGAGCUGGAACGACGGGGUGAAGCCGCAAUCAUGAAAGCGUUGGAUUCCAUCAGUGCUCAUAUUCACUGGAUUUUGGUUUCUGGCGGCGAAGGCAUGCUGGCAACGGGAGCAAAUCGUCUAAUGGCCAAUAUCACCGGUUCGUCAGCAGGCCCGUAUGCUGUUCCACAAGGGGCCAAUAUGGACUCGUCACUGAGCCCCGCGGUCGAGUCUUUGGUUUACUGUUUGAGGGUCCAAUUUGUGCAUGUCCAGAGUGCGAUGACAUCUCAUUCAGUCGCUGGCUUCUGGACUGCCCUCUCGAUGCGCUUGUAUGAUAUCUUGGUAGCCCGUCUCCUGAAGCACUACCAAGUCUCCCAGCAGGGCGCUGCUAUUUUGCGAGGCGAUGUGGAUGCUUUGCGGGGGGCUUCCAUGCUUUCGUCAGGAAGCCCGCAUGAUCACUGGGAUAUGCUACAGGAGCUGAUCACAUUGUACAUGAUUCCUCCUGACUCUGUGAAGGGUAUGCUGGUGGGACCCGAAGGUGACAUGAGCUUGGGCAAAGGAUUGUUUGGCAGAGCUGGCCGAGAUCAAUGCCUCGUUUUCCUCAGUCGCCGCGUUGAUUACAAGUUCAAACAAGGAGCCUCCCUUAAGAGGAGUGGUUGGGCCGAAGGGCUGCUGAACGAUCUGGGCCUUAGUGACCCCACGGAUCAUGGAAUCAACAUUGGGUUGUUUGCGGCGGAACGAAAGCCCUAG